GUCCUCUCUCAGCUCCAUAACGUAAGUCACUCCAGCCACACCCAUCCAUAUUAUAACCUCCAACAUACGCGUUUACCGCUCCACUACACUAGCCACAUAACAAUUUUGCUUGGGAGUCAACCCUAAUAACCUUCUAAUAUGAGUAGUGGCGAGAGUGAUGAUGACUCACUGCAGCUGUCUGCACAGACUAUGGGUGCCUUACUGGAGUUCUAUAAGGAGCAAGAAGAAAGGGCAGACAAAUUACGGCAAAUAGAAGAGGGUGACAUUCCUGAGUUUUUUGAGGAAAAUUGGAAUAUGAGUCAGUUUUGGUAUUCAGAAGAGACUGCAAAAAGUUUAGCAGAAGAGUGUUUAAGGGCUGCAGGUAAUCAUGGCUCCAUUGCUUGUGUUUCCUCUCCAACACUUUAUAGAAUGCUGAAGAAAAUGGAUCACAACUGCUCAAUAAAACUUUUGGAAUACGAUACAAGAUUUGCUGUCUUCAAGGAUGAUUUUAUUUUAUAUGACUUUAAAGAUCCUUUAGGAAUUCCUCGAGAGUUAUUUGAAAAUUUUGACGUUAUUGUAGCUGAUCCUCCAUACCUUUCUGAAGACUGUUUCACUAAAACUGCUGCUACUGUAAAAUAUUUAAUGAAGCCUAAUGCCAAAAUUAUUGUAUGUACCGGGUCAGUAAUGGAGGAACUAGCAGGGCGGUUAUUAGGAGUAACUAAGUGUCGAUUUAAAAUUGAGCAUGUUAAUAGUCUUAGUAACCCUUUUUUGUGCUAUGCAAACUAUAACCUUGAUCAUUAUAAAAGUUGAUUUUAGAAUUAACAAUUAAAUUUCUUCUCUGUUGCUAAAAACAAUCAAAGCUGAUGAUGCAUCUUAUUUCAGUUUUGAAUUUUAUUGAUUUUAUAUCAAUCAUUUAGUUUUUAAGUUAUUAUAGCCUGAACACCAGCUGCGUUAAAAACACUUGUGUUGUAUCUGAAUAUAAUUGGUCCUCUGCUAUAAAAAUAAUUAAUAAU